GUAAUGCGACAAUCACAAUAAAAGAUGCAAGUGGGAAUGUCGUUGGCACAUCAGAUGGUUGGCCUAUCUCGCCAUUGAUAACAAAUUGGAUGCCGGAUGAGGAUGUUCUCAGUCUGCAUGAGACACCCACUUGGUGGAAUCAAGCGAAAUAUGGGAUAUUUGUACAUUGGGGCAUAUACAGUGUACCAGCAUGGGGCCCUCCCCAUUCUUACGCGGAGUGGUACGACUGGUCCCUGCACAACCCACCUAACUCGAGCAGCCCUACAUGGGAGCACCAUCUGGAAACAUUUGGCCCAGAUGUCGUGUACGACGAUUUCAUCGCCAACUUCACAGCUUCGAAGUGGGAUCCGAGCGCCUGGCUUGAUCUUUUCGAGAAUGCAGGAGCAAAAUACUUUGUCCUUGUGACUAAACACCACGAUGGUUACGGAUUGUUCGAUACCAAGAACACAACACAUCGAUCAAGUGUAUACCUUCCUCCUUAUCGCGACUUCCUGAGAGAGUUCAUGGACACCGCGAAAGCUGAUUACCCUAAUCUGCACCGUGGGACCUACUUUUCUCUCCCGGAGUGGUUCAAUCCUUACUUUGCAAAGUAUGGUUUCGGUCAGUGGCCAGGAGGGCUCGCGCACAACGCGUUUAAUGCCUCUGAAAUCGAACCCUAUACUGGUAUCCUUGAGAUCGAAGACUUCCUGGAUGACUUGCAGUUGCCACAGAUGCUCGACCUAGCAUUGGAUUAUGAAAGUGAGAUCAUGUGGUGCGACAUCGGAGGGCCGAACAAAACCCUUGACUUUGCAGCCCAGUUCUACAACAACGCGAUGCAGACUGGAAGACAGGUCACCAUGAACAAUCGUUGUGGUGCUGUCCCCGAUUUCGAUACCCCAGAAUAUGCGACGUUCGGUUCCCUCCAGACUCGUGCGUGGGAGACGAGUGAGGGCAUGGACCCUUACAGCUACGGCUUGAACACCGCAACUAACGCGAGCGAGUACAAGAACGGAACGACGAUCAUCCAAACACUAGUGGACGUUGUUAGUAAGAACGGGAACUACUUACUUGAUAUUGGACCUACUGCGGAGGGUGAGAUCAUCGCGCCCAUGAUGAAUAACCUACUCGAUGCUGGCAAGUGGCUGAAUUAUGCGGGAGAAUGUGUUUACAACACAACUUACUGGUAUCAAGCUUCCCAAUCCCCCACUGCUUCUGUGCGCUUCCUGUCUACGCCUACUACCUUUUGCGUCGUAGCCUUCGUGGAGCCAUCUGACGGCAAGCUUGUCGUCGAUUCUGGAGGUGCUGUGUUACCAUUGAUGGCAGGGGACACGAUCGAGCUACUUGGGCCAAGUACGCCUGCCCCUAAUUCUACGAUUUCCUCCUCUACUUCUAGCUCGUCUGCAACAUCACUCCCGUGGACUCUUGACGAUGCAGGCAUACUCACCAUAACGGUGCCCGAAGGCCAAGUUGAUCAAGUGCAGUAUGCAUGGGCAUUCCAAGUCACAUACAAGCUUGAUUAGGUGAUGAUUGUAUAAUAUGGGUGUACAUCUUAGGAAUCGCCUGGCGGUAUGUAGCAGACUUGUCAAUAUUGUAACUACUGGUGUUGCAUUGCGUAUGUUUUAGGAAUUUGGAACUUGUUUUGUGCUCAC